UGUAAGUUUUUCUAUGUUAAUCGGAGUACAGUAUUCAAUGAAUUUCAGGUUAUCUCUACCUCAUUUUCUCUUUGGUUACUCUUCGCACCAACACACCUGACCAGAUACGUAUAGUGGUCGUUGGCUGGUGUCAUUCCGGGAAGUAGGCUCCAAUGUUGGAGAAAGGUCAGCUCUUCAUAAAUUGUGGUAUUGCGUCACUUGUGUUCACAAGAAUUAGAUUCGGACUUCUCUGAAUAUUCUUCAGGAUUUGUGUGUGUGUGUGUGUUUUUCUUGUACGAUAAUUUAAAAAAAAAAAAUUAUUUCGGCACCUGAAUAGUGUUUUGAAGGGUUGUCAGUACGAAUAUUGAGAGUUGAACAUUUUAAGGAGAUAGUUUAAUGUUUUCAAUGUUCUGAUUACACAUUAAUAGUGCCAAAAAAUCAAGAUUGACUAGUAAAAUUUCGAACUUAAUGUAGAAUGGUGUGUUUAAUCGCAAACUGAUUUUGACAGCAAAUCUUAAACAACAUCAAUAAAAUGGGUACUCACUUUUAUUUGUUACUUCUUUUUCAAAUAAUAUGCCUCAGCUUUAUUGAAGCUUAUCCUCAAGCUGUCAAAGUUUCUAUGGCACAUACAAUUCUUGGAGAUCACUUAAUCUUUAAACCAAAUAAACUUAUUCAAUCUAUUUGGCAGCAAGAACCUGCAAUAGCAUGUGACAUUGAGAGGCCACCAGUAAAAACGCUGACUGAUAAACACAUAUUGCAGUUUAAUUUUGUCCCCUAUUUAUGUGUAAUUUUGUAUGAUGCUAGCCUUAGAUAUCUUGAACAGAACACUUCUUUAGAAAACACAGAGUUAAAUUCAGGCUAUGCUCAAGAGAUGAGUAAAGAAUUCUCAGCUGAUACUUUUUGUCAGAAAAUGAAAGAUAACAAAUGGUUUACUACUGUAGAAGAAAAUAAGUUGUGGGUAUCCAAUUUCAGCAAUGACAUGAAAAAUAAAGAUGUAUGUCAAAGAUAUUGUGUGAGUGAUAUAGUAAAUCCAAUAUGUGCAUAUACUUUAUGGAUUGAUUUAUUAGUCAAAAAAAUGAAGCACGAGUCUUUGCAUCCAUCAUCAUUGGAUUCUAAAGCAUCACAUCCAUCACAACCUGUGGUCAUUCCACCAAAGAAGAAGCAAACAGGUACACUAAUUGAAAAACUAAAUAGUAAACAAGUUAGUGAUGAAAAUUUGCCCAUUAUGAAAUCUAAAAGAUUGAAUGUGAGUACUGAGAACAGAAGGCCACUUUCUGGUGAUCCUGAUGAGAGGUACACUUCUGGUGCUGUUGCUGGUAGGGAGAACAUUGACUUGCCAUUGACUGAUGGAGAGCAGUUUCCUGCUACUGCUGAUCGAAACAAAUAUUUAAAAAAUUCUCAUCCAGAUUUAAAUUACAUUAAGGAGCCAACUGGAGAACAUGAAGUUACUGGCGAAAAUAGUUAUAAAAAAUCCGAGCUAGUGCAAACAGAAAAUCCUCUUGCAACAUCAAAUACUGGUUCCUUGCCUCUUCAUCCAGAUCUUGAUAGAACUAGUGGUCAACUUGAAUAUCCUGCUCAGGGUAAUGAUGCACCAAAUACCAGUCUUUCUCAAGCACCAACUCAAGUUCUCAAACCAGGUGAAAAAGUUUUGGCACAUAGUGAACAUAACAAUUUGGGUGCAAAUUCUGCACCGACUUUUAACUCAAGUAAACCAGAGAUAAGGAAUCCACAAAGUCAGAAUGUUGGUCACAGUGUUUCUGGUCCAGGUCAGUUAGUACUUACCAAGCAAAAUGGUACCUCCUCAUCAGCCAAUCCUCAUAAAGUAGUAGGAAUGCCAGUGGGUUCUACAGGUGCCAUUAUUGGAAGUUCACUUCCAGUGAGUGAAAGAGAACACAAUACCGAGAGGCAGGAACAAGUACGUGGAGAUCAUCAGACAUCAGCUAAUUUAGAAGGAGAAUACGAAUCAGAAAACAGAGGGCACGUUGAUGCUUCAAAAGUUGCCUCACAUGGAGAUUCACCAAAACCUACAGUUCCUGAGUCUCCGAAGAUACCAGUUCCUUCAGAAGAAAAAUCGGAUCCAGCAAGGGUGAACACAACAGCUCCAGAGAUUGUCACAAAAGAAGUGCCUGGAAGUACCCUUGCAGGAUUAACAGACCCAAAACAAGACUUGGAGCACUUUGGAAACUCUGAAUCUGAAGCAGCAAAUAAAGCGAUUGAAGGUGAAGGCAGAGCCAUCGGUGGAGAGCCUGAUGAUCAUGAAGAGCAGAAUGCUAUGGAUGGUAGUCAAGUAGAGAAUGGAGAUACACUAGGGGAUCAUGGAGAUGAUCAGACACAAGACCAUGACGAAGCUGGCCUCGAAAUGGAUCAAGAGUUUGCUACAGAACCUCAUCGCUACAAUGAGGGAGAAAACGAUGAACCUUCCAGGCCUGAUGGUUCGACAAAAUUAUCUAAUAUCAACAAUAAAGACUAUAUAGUAUCAGAUGAGGAUGAAGGUCCCUGGCCUCCAGGAAGAAAUCCAAUAAAUGAUGCCGAAGGAGGAUAUGCACAUGACCGGUUUGUUGAUGCUGAGGACUCCCAUUUCUUUGCAUACUUUAUGACCAUGAUUGUUCUGUGUAUACUUGGUUAUCUGAUAUUUCACAACAAGCAGAAGAUAUUGGCACUGGCUUUGGAAGGUCGUGUUCGCAAAGGAACACGAAGACGACCAAGUACAUCAGGCUAUCGGAAGUUAGACAGCAACUUAGAGGAAGCUGUAACUUCAAGCUGUACAGGAUCAUCAGUGACACAUGUAAUCUACUGAGCUGAAAAUAUUGUCAUGUGAAUGCUCUAGUACAAAUCCUUUGGUUCUUGGAACUUGUGAAAUGUGCCUGUAAAUUAAGUAACUCAGUAUUUGAAUAUGUACUGUUGUGAUUUGAAGCUGAAAUAAUUUUCAAGUGUUUGUCAUACAAUGGACUGUGAGAAAUAAAAAUUGCUUUCUCAUUCAUAUUUUGGCAGAUAUAUGUGUGAUUUGAAAGUUGUGAAUUAUUUGCGAGUGUUCAUCUCACAAUAAAGAGUAAAUGAAUAUAUUACAGAAAAAGUUAAAUAUUACUGUUGGGUUGAAGCAGCCUUAGCAGAGUUAAUGUAGCGUAUUCGCGUGAAUUUAUAGGCCUGUAAGAUGACACCCUAUGAGAAGCUUCAGUGGAAAUAAGGAACGGAAAGUGACAGUUGGUGGCAUCUCAAAUUUCCAUGGUGAUGGUAAGUGCUAGGGCAAUUGGGAGUGAGGCAUUAUUGUCACUUGCUGACAUGCAGUGCUAGAGAAAAUGCUAACAGCCUCUCACAGGCAACUGAAGGUAUUACUGGGUUUCAGAUGUGGGUUGCUGUGCUAAGUGCCUCAAACUUGAAUGAAACAUAUAAGCUUGAUAGACUGUAAAUAAUGAUUAAGAUUUCGAUGAACAUAUCUUAUUGGACAGGAAACUCUUCUUCCUAUGUGAGAGCUUGUGCUGUGGACAACAUCGCACAAUUUGCUUGCGAGUUGUCCAUAUGCUAGAUAAUCUCUAACAAGGGAUGUACACGAUCUUAAACUCUCAGAACUACAUGAAAAUGCACUUAAAAUAAAUAUUUGCUUAUCCCAGAACCAGUGGUAUGAGUCAUUCCGAUAAAAACUAAUGUCUGCUGUUGCCUUUCAACAGUGGUAUGUUGUACCUAAACUAAUAAAUACUUAAGUUGUGUGUUGAGUGUAGGUGCAGUAGUAAGCUGCCUGAUUUAAUUGUUUAUUGGUUAGAGUGUAAACCGUGUACAUCAUCAUGAGACAAAUUCAUUCCAUAAGUGUUGUUAAAAUUUUAGAGAAAAAGUUGCUACAGGCUAAAUUUGGAAAUGUGACAUGAUUCUAGAUUUUAUUAAUGUAUAUGGAAUAGUAAUGCACUCAUGCAGUGAGAAUGGCACAUAAAUGCAUGAAUUUACAGUGGAUAAAUACCUUCCAACAGUUUAAGACUGUCAUCUCCAGAGCAAUAGAAACUUUAGUGCGCUUCUUGUAUGCUGUUUACUUCUUUAGUGAGCCACAGUGUCCUUUUGUUUUGUAUUCUUCCCAUUUUAACCUAUACUUUCCCUCUGGCUUCUGCUGCUGCCAAAACUUAGUUUUAUCUUUUUCCAUGAGGAUUCAAUGUCAUCAAUGUCCUGCAUCUUAUUACUUUUUAUUUUAUCAUAUAGACAGUUCUUAUAUAAUUGUUUAGUAGUUUCCUCAUUCGAUGACUGGAUGUUAAUUCUUUCUUGAUCAACUUUUUGAUGCUUUCUCUUUUUAAUUUGUCGUUAGUUUUAGGAGUCAUGGUUAUGAUCGCUUCCAAUAUCUCGGCAGUAGAUUUCUCACAUCCAAUAUCUGGGAAGGGUGUACUUCUCGAUUUAUUAUAAUAUAAUUAGUCAUAGAUCUUUGUCCUCUAGAGUUUGCCCAUGUAUGUGUUGUAAUUUAUGUUCAAAGAAUGUGUUAUUUAUCCUAAGUUCAUUUUCUGCAGUCUACUGAAAUUUCACUGUUUUCAUUUAUAACUUCUUCAUUAAACUUCUGUUUAAUUCUUUGGAUAACCUGAUUUCCUAUCUUCUCAUUCAGGUCUUCUGCUACUGUUACUCUCCCCCGUAAUCAAUCAAACUCAGAAAUUCUUGAAGAUGAUCAUAAAAUUUUUGUUUAUUGUGAGGUGGUUUGUCAUUUUCAGGUACAUACACAGAAAUUAUAUUAAUUGGGCUCAAAGUAGUUAGUAACUUAUCUGUUGGUAUUCUCUCAGGUAUGUAAUUAUGACCCUUUAUCUUAUUAAUCUGUUUGUUACUUACCAUUAUUGCUGCUCCCUCCUUUGCAUUAAUAUUGGACACCAGUGUAUAUUGAUGUAUACUUCCCAUGCUGUUCUAUUCAGUUUCCUUUCUUUUUUGUCUCCAUAAAACACCAUAUAUCUAUUUUAUUUCUUUCAAAUUCCAUUAAUAUUUCAUGCUCACUAGUAUUCCAGGAUCUCACGUUCUUUGUCCCAAUUCUAAUACUUUUGUCCUCUUCCAGUUCUUUAUCUUCUUCCGAGCCAAGGUCGUCAACAUAUGGUUUCCUGGCAAACCCUUGGUUCUCUGAGCUUUAUUGCUUUUUACCCCCCAGGCAGGCUGCUAACCUCACCUGGGAACCCUUCACCUUCAUCUGGGCUAUUGACCGGCAAUGGGCUGUUGAGCUACUCAAUCCACCCAACAAACACCAAAGGCAGAGUUGUAGUUCCAAAUAAAAACCUUAAAAGAAUAUAUGAGGUCACAAUUAGGGAAAGGGCAAAUGAUCUUUAGUUCACUAUCUGCAUCUUUAAAUGCUGGGACUUGAAGCAGAAGGAAAUUAAGCAAUAUAGUCAGGACAUUGAAAUAAGGGUUUUUGGUCCUGUUAUUUUGAUAUUUUGUUUCUUCGCAGUACUAAACUUAGAUUUUUAGGAUUCUAAUUGAUCACAUUGAAUAGGUGAUCAUUCUAAUCUCUUGGUAAGACAUCAGUUUUGAAUGGGAGUAACUCAUGCCACUGUUUUUGGGAUGGGAUUGGGAGAGUUUUGAGGUCACAUGCAUCCCUUGCAAGUAUAAAUUUUGCAUCUGAUGGUUAACACUAAAUUAUCUCCAGAGGCAUGAUCGAAUUUUGGGACAUUUUACUAUCUUUGAUAAACUUUUUCAAUUUGCUGUAAACUCCAGUUAUCUGCAGCUCCUCUUCUUGAUUUAUUUAUUGUUUUCUCCUUGAAUAGUGCAGCUUGAUUAUAUGUAAAAUAGCACAGGUCUGAUUUUCAUUGAAAUCUCCCAAAUUUGCAAACUUGCAAGGUCAUACUUCUUUUCAGUGCCUUCUUUCUGCCAUAAUAUUUCAGACAAUAUUUUUUUUCUUAAUGAAAUCUGUUCUAAAAAUUAGCUCAUUAAAUAAUAUCAUGUAAAUUGUUUGAGAAUUUGUGACUUUUUGGCAUAAUUCGGAGUGAAAUGAUGACAACUAAAGAAUUACUUCAACAAGAUUUUUUCAGAUCAAAUGGUUUUUUAUCGCUCUGAACAUCAGUCUUGCAUCCCUUGAAUUUGAAAUAUAUUAUUUAUUUUGUACAGUUAGGCCAUACGUUUCAAAUUCAAAUGAUAAGACAUUUUCAUGAUGAUAUUAGUUUAAAACGGCAAUAUCUCAAAACUAGUACAUCAUCACAUACUUUCUUGCAUUAUUGGAAAUGGCAAUGUAAAGUUGAAAUAUUGCAUUUUCUGCACUACUAACACCUCAGCUUUUCUUGAAAACAUCCAAUUUAACCAAUUCAAACAAGGUGCCUGUGAUGCAUAUCUUCAUUUAUGUUGAUAGUCAGGAGCGGCAAUUAUUUCUUGCUUUGACAAAUAAAACAAACAGGAAUACAUUUGACUUACAGAUUUGCUGCAAAUUAUACAGAAGCGAGAAACUCAAUGUUGCCAGCACAGCUUUUCUUUUCAAAGCUAUGUGCAUUUGCUUGAUGAGUAAUGUCAAUUCUUAGCAAAAACACUUAUUUCCA